AUGGAAACUACAAAUGAAUCAGAGACCGAAUAUCAUUUCCUUGACAUUGACAGUGACACACACACUUCAGAUGACAGUGAUCUUGAAUGGGAGGAUGUACCAUUGGAUCAGCUCAUUAUUAAUUUAAAACCCAACAAUAAUAUCGGGACAAUACCCAGAUCGAAAGAUAAGAAACGAUUGGACACAUUGGUGUUCAAAAAACUUUGUUUGAAUUUAAGUUUUGGUUUGCAUAUUUGUGAAAUACCAUUUCUCUUAAUAAACUUCCAAAAAAAAUUUAUUAGUUAUACAAUAUACAAUACUAGAUUGCACAAGGUUAUGUACAAAAAAAUAUUACCCAAACUAAUUUCAACAAAAUUUAGUAACUGGAAUAAAAUAAUAUCAUUGACAACUAAAAAGAAUAAAAUACGGACAUUACUAUUAGGGUUAGUCUAUUGGUUUAGAAAUAACUUUAAAAUAAAUUCAAAUGGUGUAAGACAAAAUCCUUACAGGUUAAAAAAAAUGGUAUAUUCCCAGGUCUACUCCAAAAUUAAUGAUAAGAACAACAAGAAGGUUGGGAGCCAAAAUUUUAACAGCCAUAGUUUCAAUGUUAAGCAAUACUAUGGUGACAAUGCUGACUGGAAUUGCAUACGAGAAAGAAACAUAGUAGAUUUGGUCAAAAAAAAGCUUGGAUCCAGGGAUGAGCUAGUUUUUUUUUUUUACAUUUUAUUGUUAAAAUUAAUAGAUUUUAGAAAUAAUAAAGACAUGGAACUGAGACUUGUAUAUUCUCUACCAGUGCAUGAUUGGAUGGAAUUUGAAAACAAGCUUAGCCCGGUCUUUAAUAACAAACAUGAUUAUAGAGUGCCCAAUAAAUGUGACUCUGAUUUAUUAAGUCCGUAUUAUUGGAUAGAAUUGAAACUUGAUAAUAGGGAAAUAUAUGUAAUAGAUCCAGUAGUUUCUUUAUCUGAUGGAAAUAAAAACGGUAGUAGGUUGGUAGCUAAAUAUCUACUAGACGAAUAUGUUUCCCAAUUUGAGUCUUUUACCCGUUUAAACCCAAUACAAAAGCAUUAUUACGUGCUUGGAAUUAAUCAAAAUUUUGAAGUGUAUGAUUUAUCUCCAAGAUACUUGCAAAAUAUAACUUAUAGGUAUUUGCCGAGCUUAUUCAAAUUAAAUAAAAAUAGGCAUUGGAGAUCUUACUGUAUUUGGAAAAAAUAUUUGAAAAAAAUAAGUUGGUUUUAUAUUGAAGAUGAUACAGAAAGUGAAAUGUUGAAAAAAUUGGCAUUAAAGAAUUAUUCGGUGCCUCAAACACUUGUUGAGUUGAAAUAUAGCCCAAAUUUCACCAGUGACCUUUUUUAUCAAAAGUCUGUAAAGUACGGUUUUAAAAAGGGCAGUAAGCCCCUGGUGCCGAAAUCUGGGGAUUUCCAGAAUAAAAUUUCCAUAUAUUGGAAAAAAGAUCUAGUUGAAUUGAAAAGUUUACAAACUUGGUUACUUCAAGGAAGAAGUGUUAAAGCUAGCGAAAUUGACUCACCCAUUAAAACCAAAACCUACUAUAAAAAUAUUAGAGAAAAAACCGCUUAUGCCUACAAGAAAAGGAAGCUAACUUGUGCUGUCACGACAUCACAUAAUACUGAUCAACAAUUAAAGAUAGAUUUGCGAAAGUUGUAUUCAUUUGGACAAACUAUACCAACACCCAAAUUGCCCACACUACCCAAUAUCAAAGACUAUGAAAACAUAUAUGGGGAUGUAGAAAUUUAUGAUAUCAAACAAGUUAAGCCAGAUGGUUAUGAAAUUGUACCAAAGAUUAUAUUACGGGGGAAUAACUCUUUAAAUGUUAUUUCAGUGAUUAAGAGACAUAAUAAUCGAACUAGUGGAGUGUCUGAUGGUACUAGUAGUAGAAUAAAGUAUAUUGAAGUAGUAUCUGGAUUUGAUUUUAGACAGACACCUGGAUUUGCAAGCCCAAUAAAGGCACAUAUUAUGCUGGACAAAGAGAGUUAUUGGAUACUAAACCAACUGGUUAAAGAACAACAGGAAAUAGAUGAGUUAAAUGACUGGUUUUGGUUAAUAAAGUUGCUAGAUGUUAAAAAUAAGAUAUCUUUAAUUGCUGAUGGUGUAUAG